AUGCUGAGCUUGGCCAAGACGAUUAGCUACAAUCAUGUACAGCGGAGUUUGCACUUCUUCUUCUUCGACCGGGCAACGGCCCGGUCUUUCCAAGCGGUCCAAGUCCCGUUUCACCGCAUGGUGUAUCGACUUCUGAAUGUGCAUCGUCCGGACACUGGGUCGGUUUGGGGCCGCCAGCUUAGACGAGAUGGAACACGCGUCACUGCACAAAGGCAUUAUGAGAUUGAGAUCUACAACAUCACUCGCUUCACGGAUGUUGGGAGGCUAGUGGCAUACUUGCAACAACAUAUCGCGACGAAGUUUGAGAUGGACGAUAUGGACACGUGCACCCCCGACUCAAGAACCUCCACUGUGUGGAAACUGACGGACCAGGCAGCAGAAUGUCCAGAUUUCUUACGAGGAAUUGUGCGGAUCAUGUGGUACGGCCGGCCGUUGGUACUGAAGCAUCCGUUCGUAGGCCCACGGUUGCAGUGCCUUCGGUGUGGUAUGCUAGGGCACACCUUAGCGCUUUAG